AUGAAUGCAUUUGGACUACCCGACGAGGGUUGGCAACCGCCGACGGUCCCGCCGAGGAAGGGAAAGCGCCUUAGACAGAACAAGCAGCCGCAGCCCUACACAGAGGCUGAACCCUCCCCUCAUGCUUCGCCACGGCCAAGCUCGCAAGACAAGCUCGAUCGCGAGCUCCAAUGUCCACACCCGUACACCGCUGGGAGCGAGUCGUCACCGCGGCUGGACGCGCAAGGGAAGUUACGCCGUGAGCGUCUUCGAGAGCUCGCCCACACCAGUACCGGUUCCCGGGGUCCAAGUCACUCCAGAACCGAGUCAGCGCCCCCCUCCUAUCGCUCUGCGUCUCCCGCGCCAACGUUCGCAAGCUUACCGCCGUAUACUCCGGGUCCUUCUCGUCACCAACACCGGACUUCCCGCGAGAGCGCACAGAUGAAGACGGCCAGGAUAUUCGACAUGCUGGGACUCCCUAUGCCGCGAAUGCGAAUUCGUGAGCCUGAGUGGGUCUUGGAGGCUGGGCCUGAGCCUGCGCAGAUUACGAGGGCCUUGUUCGCUCUUCCCGGCGCGAGCUUCGAUCGCAUGGACACAGCACUUGAGGAGCAGUAUGAUACUGUUGAUGAAGAGAACAUUGCCAACAAAGAUUCUGGGAGCGAUAUCAACAUGAUCAUAGGUCGCGCAUAG